AUGAAUCUUGCGUUCUUUGUAUCGUUCACUGCCUUGUUAGGAAGCUGUUUAUUUGGAUUGGUUGCAACUAAAGAUGAGCAAUGUUCUACUUUUAUGAGUGACGACUCAUCAUGUCCGGAGUCUUGGCAUUACUGGGGAAACUCAUGCUACAGGGUCACGGAGAAGACAUUUACCUGGGCGGAUGCUAAAGACGAGUGUAGAAACCUGGGUGGUGUUCUGGGCGUACCAAGCUCUGAUCAAGAAAACGAGUUUACCGUGCAGUUAAUUCCACUUGAUCAGGCAGUUUGGCUCGAUUGCAAUGAUCAAGACGUGGAGGGGAGAUGGAAGUGCAGAGAGGGUAACGUGGAAGUCGCUUACAGAAACUGGUUUUCUGGAGAACCGAAUAAUCUGGACGGAGAUGAAGAUUGUGCAGUCCUUACUAACGGUUGGAGAAGAGAAUUUAUCCCAGCUAGGAAUAGAUACAAAGCCUGUUUGUUGCAACUGAACAGCAAAUUGAUUGAAGUUGAGACUUUCCAAGAAUUUAUCAAAUUCAACAAAGAAGAAGUAGCUAUCGAAAACAUCAACCAGUGA